UUAUUUUUGAUUGAUAUAAAAUCACACUCAGAGUCAGAAAGAUGCACAGAUAGCAAAGCAAGAAAGAUGCUCAUUCAAUCUCAGUGCUCCGUACUCUCUCCCAUUCGCCUCACAAACCCUCACCGCCGUUUACCAAUCAUCUCCCGCCGUGCCCCUUUUAACGCAUGUGGAAUGAAUGGAGCUGUUGUGACCAGUACAUGGUUGGGGAGGAAAAAGAAUCGGGGAGUAACAGUUUCUGCUACGGAGGAGCAGAGCUCAAGCCUCAAUGUGCAGAAGAAAAGAAAGGUGGUUGACCACAUAUGCCUACUGAAAGCAAAGGAGGAUUUAUCUGAUGAGGAAGAGAAGGAUAUGCUGGAUUUUCUUUAUACAACCCAGUAUCAAAUGAGAGGCAUUCUUGCAGUAUCAUUAGGACGUAUCUCCAAUGAAAAUAUCGACAAGUAUACACAUGCUGUCUACAUGCGUUUCCAGAGAAAAGAAGACAUUGGGAAGUUUUACGAGAACCCUUUCUACUUGCGAGUACUCAAUGAGCAUGUAUUGCCUUACUGCCAUGUAUGCCCUGACAUGGAUUGACUAAUGUGGAUUACGAAUCUGAAGUAGAAGAUGAUAUCAUACCUAUAUUCCGAAAAGGAGAGG